AUGUCGUGGUUUACAUCAUGGUUCGCAUCUUCGAAGAACACAGAGUCUCAUCCGGUCAAUCAACCUCCAGUUACUGAGAAUCGCGUCCUCGAGGAACCUGUCAAGCCGGCCGAACCCACCAUUGAAGCAGCCCAACUCGCUGUACCACAGCCCACGCAAACCGAACGCGUGAACAGAAACAAACUCAUUUUCGGAGCUGGCGCCGUAUUCUUCGCUUUCUCGCUCCUCGUCACUCGAAGAAGCCUUGCGCGGAAACGGCUGGCUGCUAGCCCAGCCUUCUACGCCAAUGCCCCGGGACAUCAAGCAGAACAAGCGAAAAAAGUGAAUGGUGCCAUGGAAGCUGUCGAAGCACUGAACAUUGCAACUAUCAACGUGCUUAGUCUGACAAUGAUGGCCACUGGAGGAGCUCUAUGGUAUCUCGAUAUCAACAGCUUGGCAGAAGCGCGGAGGAAGUUGAGGGGCGGACUGGGUAUUGAUGGGACAGGCAAGUCUGAAAAAGAAGCAGAGGAAGAGUUUGAAGAGUGGAUGGCGACAGUGCUAGCCCGGAAAGAAGCAAAAGGACUGCGACCUACACAAACGAAUGAACGGGGCCAGGAGAGUCAAUGCAGCAGCCAUGAGACGCAUCGGAUCCAAUUCGGUGCGGACGAUGAAGAGAACCCCAAAGCCUGGAAUGGUCGGAAGAAGAUGCUCAACGUGGGCACUAUCUCAUUGUUGGCUUUCCUGAGUCCCUUGUCCGAAGACCGGGGCCGGCGGACGUUGUACGUUUGCUGUCUUGCCGCAUUCACGGUCCUCCAGGUGGCAUCGGCGUUGAGCCCGAACAUUCAGACGCUGAUUGCCAUGAGGACGGUUUCGGGCUUCUUCGGCAGUGUCGGAAUCGCCAAUGGAGGAGGAACCAUUUCGGACAUGUACAAUCCAUUUGAACGGGCGGGAAUCUUUGGAUGGACCAACCCUUGGACCACUGUUCGGAGGAGUCAUCAUCAGUCGCUUGGGGUGAAGAUGGAUAUACUGGGUGAGCUCAGGAAUUUGUUUCUCACCAUCGUCUGCGCCAUUAAGACAGCAAUUGGCUAUCUCUUCCUCAAAGAGACCUACGCACCUGUCCUACUAGGUCGCCGCAAAGCCGAGCUUGCCCAGCAGGACUCCCAGGGCUCAGGAAAGAAGACGAGAUACUACUUUGACGGCGAAGACAAAAGACCCUCGGAGCAAAUUGGCCUCUUAUAUCUAGGAGGAGGACUGGGAUUCUUGACCUCGGUCCGAUUCCUCGUCCCACGCAUCGACACCGUCUUCAACAAACUGACUGAGAAGCAUGGCGGCAAGGAGCUCCCAGAGCAUCGUCUACCGCUGGCCAGCGUCGGCAGCAUUUUGAUCCCAGUGAGUCGCUUCUGA